AUGUUCCGCAACUGGGCAGAGUACGCACGCAGCAUCCGCAACCCAAUUGGCCGGGACUUCAACACAGAAGCAGCGUUCCGCUCCAUGACCCGCCCGGCGGUCAUGAAGCCAGUGGGGGUGGUCAUUCGACCUGUCCGAUACGUCAAGAAUGCACAAACCGCUGAUGAGGAGCCAGCAAAAAAGAAGGCAAAGGGAGGGGAAAAGGGCAAGGGGGGAGAGAAGGGAAAGCGAGGAGAGAAGGGCAAGGGUAGUGCCGAGCCGUUACUCUUCGGAGUGGGGGGAAGAGAGGAGACGGACGAUCCGCGAGAGCCCCUGGGAGUGUCAAACCCGAGACCGGAAUUCGCAGACGAGACAGAAGACCGCCUAGAGGCGCCCGAAUUCUGGGUCGACUUAGACGACACAGACGAUCCCCUAGAGCCUCUGGGAGUGGGCGGGAGCGACCCAAGGUCGGAAUUCAUUGACGAGACGGAUGACCGCCCAGAGCCCGCCGACAUGGAAGCCCUCCCAGCCUGGGCGGGCGGGACAGGUGCCCUCUCAGCGUCUGCCGAGUAA